AUGUGGGGACAAAGGAAAAAACCUGCUGCUGUUGAAAAAGCCAAGCCAAUCCAAGUGAAUCCAAUUCAUGCCGACAAGAUUGUUCGACAAAUUAUUGCCAAACACAAUUGGCAUGGUAAAAUUGAUAGAAUGGAUAUUGUGAAGAAGUGGGAGAAGGAGAGUAUGGACUCUGGCAUUUCCAAAUCUAGUUUUCUUGUGGCUAUGGAUAUUUUGAAAGAUAUCAAGGAGCUUUCACACACUCAAAAAUCAUGUUGUGGACACUGUGGUGCCACUCCUAAAAAGAGAGCAUACACAGAUCACAAUAGUGAUAAUGAUGUGGAUGAGAAUGAAACUCUAUUCGAAACAGCCAAGAAGAGGGAUAAACCUGCUUCUGAUCUUGAAGAACCAAAAAAGAAAAAGAAAUCUGAAGAUGAUGACGAAAAUGACGAAGAUGAUGAAGAUGAUGAGGCAUAUUAUUGGAGAAGUACCAAAUUCUGUUUGUGUCCAUGUGCUCAUUGUGCAUUUGAAGAGAAACAAGUUGGUUUGAACAUUUGUCACCAACAAGAAGAUCUCAUUCCAAAAGAAUUAGCAGAAAGAGUCAAGAAACAAUUUAGUGAAUUGGUUGAGAAUAUUCCAGAGGAUAAAUAUGAUUGGCAUCCUGGAUCAAACCAACAGGUUUUGGAUAUUAUUCAUCCAUCUCUCUAUUGCUACUCUAAAAAGCAUAGCAAAUUCAAUGGAAAGUUUGAGGAUGCAAAACAAUUGGAGAAACAAAUGGAAACAGCGAAAGUUGAAACACAAUGGUUACCAACUGAUUUUGAGAUCCAAGAAAAUGGAAAAGUCAAACCAUUAUCAUAUAUUAACAAUGUUGAUCCAAAAAGUCAGAAAGAAUUACAAGAAACCAUUUGUGAUGUAUUGUCACGUUUCAUUGAACCUGUCAAACAAUUUAUUCCAAAACUUAAUGAAAAGAAGGUUCAAGUUAUCAUUAAGGCUGCUAAUGUAAUUGUUACACCUGAACAAGGUUUCUAUCCAGGUGGUACAUGGCACACUGAAGGUGACAGUGAGAAUAUUCUUGCCACUGGUAUUUACUAUUACGAAUGUGAAAAUGUGAAGGAAAGUGUAUUGGAAUUCAGAGCUUCAUUGGAUGAAGAGAAUUUCUAUGAUAUUGAACAGGAUGGUGUUGAACAGGCCUGGAAUGAAUAUGGUGUAAGUAUUAUUAUUUCUUUGGAUAAUAACAAGUAUUUCUAUAGAUUCAUGACGGUGAUCUUUUGCUUAAACAUUUGGGUGGUGUAA